AGUGUUUUGGUGUGACGCGAGCACAUGCGCCGCUUAUCGAAUCAUCACAUUACAUCCCAUCACAUCGCAAUCAUGCAGAAAACACACAACUACACUCAUAAUUUAGUGCAAUCUGUAUGUGUGUGUUAUCAGUAGGGAUGCUGUGCCAUGCGUAUGACUGGAAAUGUGCGCUCUUCUGUUGUUAUGCACCUGAAGUCUUCACGCGAGACUUGCAGAACUGUGUUGGAGUUAUGAGUGAAUGAUGGGUCAAAAUGCAAGCUACACUCAAUACGGGUCAUGGAAAAUCUAGAAAACUCGUCAGAUUCCAAGGAGACUGUGUCUCCACUAAACAAUUCAGGGUUUAAACUGAACAGCACCAUCUCUCAUCGUGAUGGCAAAAAUAUGGGAUUUGUGCUGGUGCAUGCAGGGGCAGGGUAUCAUUCUGAAUCCAAAGCCAAGGAAUACAAACAUGUGUGCAAGAGAGCUUGCCAGAAAGCUGUGGACAGGCUCAGAGCGGGAGGAUUGGCACUCGAGGCAGUGACAGCAGCUCUUGUAGAGCUGGAGGACUCCCCAUUCACUAAUGCGGGCACCGGUUCCAACCUGAACCUCUCGGGUGAGGUUGAGUGUGAUGCCAGCAUCAUGGAUGGCAAAUCCUUAAACUAUGGAGCCGUUGGAGCCUUGAGUGGAAUCAAGAACCCGGUGCUGGUAUCCAGAAGACUAUUAAGUGAAACUCAGAAGGGGAAGCUAUCAGCUGGCAGGAUUCCUCCAUGUUUUUUAGUGGGAAAAGGAGCAGAGCAGUGGGCCAUCAGCCAUGGUAUCCCAGCAUGCCCUACAGAAAAGAUGACCACCAAGUUCAGUUUGUCAGGAUACAAGAGAAACAAGAGGAAGAUGGAGCUGGCGGAGCAGGUUGAGACUAAGAGGAGAAUACAAUCGUGUGGACAUGAGAAUGACUUUGGCUGCUUGGAGCCGGUGGAAGGUGAGGAGAAUAACUCGGCCUGUCUGGAUACGGUUGGUGCAGUCGUUGUGGACUGGGAAGGGAAUGUGGCAGCUGCGGUUUCCAGCGGAGGUCUGGCUAUGAAACACCCGGGUCGAGUGGGACAGGCUGCUCACUAUGGAUGUGGCUGCUGGGCUGAAAACGCCCGUGACGUCAGCCUUUACUCUACAGCUGUGAGUACCUCAGGCUCUGGAGAGCAUCUGAUUCGCACCAUGUUGGCCAGAGAGUGUUCAACCGCCAUGCAGGCUGAAAACGCACACCAGGCCCUUCUGGAGGCUAUGCAAAACAAAUUCAUCAGUUCGCCGUUUCUGGCUGGCGAGGACUGUGUUCUGGGUGGGGUGAUUGUUCUGAGGUGCUGCACAUGUGGAGAAGCCCAGCGCUCUGAAGACAUCCAGGCUCUGCUGGUGGAGUUUCUAUGGAGCCACACCACAGAGAGCAUGUGUGUGGGAUACAUGUCUGCUCAGGACAGUAAAGCCAGGACGCACAUAUCCAGACUUCCUCCUGGAGCAGUGGCCGGACAGUCUCUGGCGAUCGAAGGUGGAGUGUGUCGACUCGGGACCGCGAGUGACUGAAGCGGUCUGAAAUCAUCAUCCUCUAUUUCUGCAGCAAUAUGUCAGCGUCGAGAUCUUCACUGCGCAAGAGAUUGACGUUGUGUCAUUGUAGGACACAAUCAUAAAGGGACAAAAAGGUUGCAAUAUGUCUUUUCUUCCAUUUUCUUCUUUCUUGCACAGAUAUAAACGGUUAUUUCCGAUAUGUUAUUUAUUCAGUUCUUUUAUACAACCUACCAUAUUUUUUGGCGCUGCAUUCACGGGCACAGCGUAGACAGCGUCAUCUGUUUUACUGUCACUUGAGACAGGGUUAGCAGGGUAAUUUGCUUAAAGCAUCUGCUAUGAAAGGAGGACAUGCCAAGUGCACUUCAGGACUAGUGCGCUGCUCUGGUUUUAGUGGGCUUCCAAGAAACUCAGCUUCUAGUAUGUGCUGGAUAAGACUUGAUGCUACAUUUUAGAGUUGUCACGAUACUGGAAUUCGAUACUCAUCUGUAAUGAAAGUUUAAAAACCUCCAUUUCCCGCUAACAUUUGAGCGCUGUGGAGCACGUUCUUAAACAGUGUUGAUUUGCCAUUGUGCAACCGAAAUUACCGUGAUUGCCUGUAAAGGUCAUCGUUUCACCGAACUCACUGCUGUUUACUGAGUGUAACCACAGAUAUAAGGACACUGGAGUGCUUUAAAGCUGCGAUUCAUUAGCGGAUCUCUCAAAUGUCAGCUUAUAGACAAACCAGCUGAUGGACAUGACUUUGAAACGCUCCAGUGUCCCUGUAUUUGCGAUUACACUCAGUAAACAGCAGUGAGUUCGGUGAACUGAUGACCUUCACGGCCAAUCACAGUCAUUUCUGUUGAGCACGUGAACACAAUGGCAAAUCAGUGAUGUUUAAGAACAAGCUCAACAGUGCACAAAUGUUAGCUGGAAAUGGACGUUUUUAAAAUUUCAGUGCCAAUUGGUAUCGAAUUCCAGUAAUUCGAAUUCGUGAUAACCCUACUCCAUUUCUAUUCCUCCAUGAAACAAUAUGCACCAUCCUUGUCAUUGUAAAUAAGCUAUGGGUUGUUAAAAACAGGGUGGUCAUUGAUGUAGCUUUUAGUUUAGGAUUUUUUUUUUUUUGGCUCAUGUGACGUUUAAUAUUACUUUUAUAUAGCCGAGAUGCUCGUUUUGUGCAGAAGUUCAGUUUAGUAAUUCAUAAUAAAGUUUGAGUGGAGAUAUUUGACACGUGUGCUUGAUGUGAGUCGCAAAUGCGUAUAUGGAGUAUGGAAAACGGGAUAUAAUCCUUAUUGAAAUGUAAAAAAACAAUUAACUUUACAUUUGACUUUUUUAAAGCUAUGUAUGCCAGUUUGGUCAAAGGGAUAGUUCACCCAAAAAUACAUUCACUUACUCACUGUCAUGUUAUUCCAAACUGUAGAACACGAAAGGUUAUAUUUAAGUGCAUCAUGGGGUCCGUUCUUUGUACCUCGCUUAAAUGAUCUCAAAUGAUUUGACGGAUUGUAUAAUUUUUUAAUCUUGGUAACUGAUCUCUGGCUAAUUCAGAUAGUCAAACAAGUUAGCAAUCAGAUUCAAAUAUGUGGAUGAACUGAUCUGAGAUCACUACAUGUGUUGUGAAGGACAGAUCUAUUGAUCCUUGAAAUCAUGAUCAGCAAUGCAUUGAUUGGCUGAUGGGACAGCAGCAUUAUGACAUCAUCUGAUUAAUAUUCAAUUAUCCAUGUAAGCAAAAUUGCAUAAAGUUCGUAGUAAACAGUUAUGAUAUGCAAAAAAUAUCAUAUGUAAAAUAAGAUAUGCAAUAACUUUCCACCUUUGUUGUGGACUACGUUUACACUUUCAUGUCAAGAUUAUUUAGCAAUUUAAUUAGUUUUACAUUUAGAGUGGAGUUUCUUUAUUAUAGUAGCUUAGACCUUUAAAGUUUCCAAAUCAGCGUAAGGAAAAACUGGCCGUUUAAAUUAAUUUUGCAUCAAAAAAGCUUUGAUAUCGAUAAAAGUGUCUGCAACUUUUGCGAAGCACCAAAUCACCAUCAUAUUAGCUGUCAAAACAUGACUGCAUAAAUUAUUAUACCUUAAAAAAAAAACAGUUGAAUAUUGUGCAUGUCUAUUAUCAUACACAAAUUGUACUAAAGCUGGUACCUUAAAACAGUCCACAUGUGUGUCUAAGACGUCCAUAUUAAUAAAUGUUUUCUUGAAACCCCUUGAGGAAAAACGCCUCAUGACAGUUUUGUGCUUUUAUUUCAGAGUGCAGUUUGCAUACGGUUUAUUUAUUUAUUAAACUUUUUAAAACUAUUUUACCAAGUGUACAUAACUACUAUAUUGUAAGAAAAAAUCAGCAUUCGGUACAUACUUUCAGUAUCACCUUUGCUUGAAUGACCCCAGCUUAUCCUAUUUACAUAAAAAUUAGCCUGCUCGUGAGCAGGUUCGAGCUACCAGAACUGUUGCUAUGACAACAACUCUCAGAUGAGUUUUGAAGCAUGAAACAAUUCUGGAUCGUGUCAAAUCGUCAAUAACCAAAUCCAGCUAAUUGAGUAGUCUGUGUAUGAAGAACAGACCCCUGGCCAUUAUUUUCUAUACAAUAAACUAUAAAUAAUAAAGGAUCAAAGUAUCAUAAAAAAUAGUCCAUACAGUCUUCAGAUGUUUUAUGGACUCAUACACGAGUCCCAAUACUUUGGGGUGUUUUAUAUCCUUUUUUAUAGCUUCCCCCUUUACAGAGCACAACAGUAAAGUUCCGGAAGUUAAAACUGUGUUAAUUUUCUCCAAUUGUGAAAUAGAUUUUUAACAAAAGUGAAUAAGACUUUAAGGACAGACCUAUUCAAACAGUUGUUUCAGCAGUUUCUUAUGCAAAUUCAAAGGGUUUUCUGUCCAAAAACACAUUUUUCAUUUAUACCACUGCAUUUGGAUAUGGCAGGCUAAUAAAAUUUGAUAGGCGGAAAUUACAUAAAAUUUAUAACAGAAUAGCUUUUGCAUAGAUUAUGAUAGAGACAUUUUCUUUUUUUCUAUGAUUACUGACAUGUGCUGGAACAAUCUAAAUUAAUUACAGCAACCUAGACAACACAGAACCUUAAUGGUGCACUUUCAAAUUUGAGUUUGUUAAAAAAAAAAAAAAAAAAGGCUCCUCUUUUUUUGUGGAGGGGUUAUGAUAACACAGACUACAUAUCCAGUUUUUUUUUUAUCACUGUCAACAGUGUUUUCUGAAAAUGCAAAGGAUUUUCUUUAAAAUAAAACCCAAACUUUUGCAUUUACAUCUCUGCAUGUGGAUUUGGGAAGCUUUUAAAUUUGGGUUAGCAAAAUCCAGGCGGAAACCCCAAAAUGGCUCUUGACUUCAUGAGGUUAAUAGUGCAGUGUGUAAAAAAAAAUUUGUGGACAGAAAGGUCCACUAAAGAGCACUAAAAGAGGUCUAAUUUUUCCAACCACUCCUAUUGAGCACUGCAAAUGAUGACUUGGUUGAGUUGAAAAUUGAUUGUAUAUAAAAUUGAAGUCUUUUGUUUCUAUAAAUGCAAGUAGAUUUAAAUUAAUCAAUUUAUAUUUCCAAGUUGUAGUAUUUUUUAUAUUAUUUAAUCCUUUGAGUACAGAGUCUUGCAUUUUUUCGCCAAUGUUCAUAUACUUUUUUGCUUCAAAUCAAAGUCUGAAAUGUUAUGAUCCACUUUUUAGCUAUUUAUAUGCUUUAAGAUGUUUUUUUCUCCCAAAUCUUUAUGGCAAGAUGCAUGGAAAAAUACUUUUGGAAACCAGCACCAAUGAAAAAAAUAGGUGAACACUAAUGCACUCCAUAUAAACAUAUAAAAACCUUUUGCAAAUUGGAAUAAUGAGUGAGUAAAUGAGAGCGGUUUUAUUUUUAGAUGAACUGUUCCUUUUAAAUAGUGGGACUUUUCUCAGAUCUAAUCAUAUGCACUGUUGAAAACGAGUCAGUCCGUGGUCGUUACACUUUCACCACAAAGUUGAUGGCAGUAGGCUCAGAGAAAGAUCUUGUGAUGAGACUAGAUGCACACGCACUUUUGCCCAGCGUCUUACUAAAUAAGUGCACUACUUUUACUAACUGCACUGUUCGUGGGUGUACUAAUAACAUGGCGCAUGUUGCUGAAUCAAUGUAUGCAUUUCUUUUGCGUACUGUGAGCUCACUUGAAAAAUAUUAAAAAAGCUACAUAGUGCACUUGGUUGAGCUCUAUUAACAGCUGAACAGUUUUGUGUGUUUUCUAAUGCCAAGUGUAGUGCUCAGGAGAUGAGACCCCCCUAAAAAACAAGCUUAAAAAAGACUGUUAGUCCAUCUUUGAAAAUGUAAAGUAUAUUUUAGGUCUGUAUUUUAUAAUGGCAGAAAAACAAGAGGAUCUCUAAAAAUGUAUUUAUUAAUUACACUGAAUCCUAUACUUUGAAGGUUAUUAAAUUGAUGAGGGUUUCUGGCAGGGCUGUUAUUUCAAGUUCUGCAGUCUAUCGUUUCUUAUGUUAAAACUCUUGCAGUAUACAAUGUAAGGUGUAUAUGCUUAUUUUAGUUUUACUUGACUUUGCAUUUAUGAUGAAAUGUCUGUGAACGUUUCAAACAGCAGAUCGUACUAACCUAUUGUUAUUGUAAUGCUCAAUAAAGCUGAGGUAUGGUGUGCA